GGGGGCGGAUGGUGGAGAGAAAUUCCAUCCUUGUAUCACUCGUUGCGUUUCAUACGUUAGCUUGUUAUGAUUGCAGCUUUGUGAGCGUUAGUGUUGUUCGGUUGUGCUCUUUGUUUUCUGGUUUGGCAUUGCAGCCAACAUUUGUUUUCGUUAUCAGGUGAAAAUGGCGAAUAAUGGAGAUUUCAGUUUCGCCAACGGUGGCCUGUUACCGAACGGUUUGGCUAAAAUCCAAACUAGUUAUGAUAAUGGGAGCAAGAGGCAAAAUGGGAUCUGCCAUGAUGACAGUGCUCCGCCUGUGAAGGCCCAGACUCUGGAUGAGCUCCAUUCAUUGCAGAAGAAGAGGUCUGCGCCCACCACGCCUAUUGAAGGAGCUCAGGGUGCUUUUCAGAUCAUGUCCGAGGAAGAGAGGAGAAAACAGCAGCUGCAGUCCAUCAGUGCAUCACUGGCGUCGCUGACGAGGGAAACAGGUCCCAAGGUUGUACGCGGAGAUCCGAGUAAAAGGAUGGAGGCUGCCAAGCCUACUGUAGAAACUCCAGUGGCCGUACCCUCGGCCAACCUUACAACUAGUGACAGUUCAUUAAAGUUCACGCAUAUUCUUUACAAUCUUUCUCCAGCUGAGCUUUAUGAGCAGGCUGUUAAAUAUGAAAAAGGAUCUUUCAUUACCUCAAACGGGGCAUUGGCCACUCUGUCAGGGGCUAAAACUGGGCGAGCCCCCAGAGAUAAACGCGUGGUGAAGGAUGAGAACACAGAGAAUGAGCUGUGGUGGGGAAAAGGGUCUCCGAAUAUCGAGAUGGACGAGCAUACCUUCCUUGUCAAUCGAGAGAGGGCGGUGGACUAUCUCAACUCUCUGGAGAAGGUAUUUGUGAAUGACCAGUUCUUGAAUUGGGACCCAGAGCACAGAAUCAAAGUUAGAAUUGUCUCAGCUCGGGCGUAUCACGCUCUCUUCAUGCAUAAUAUGUGCAUCAGGCCUACAGCAGAAGAGCUGGAGCAGUUUGGCACUCCAGACUUCACAAUAUACAACGCAGGGCAAUUUCCUUGCAACCGUUACACACAUUACAUGACAUCUUCCACCAGCAUAGAUCUGAAUCUGCGCAGAAGAGAAAUGGUCAUUUUGGGUACCCAAUACGCUGGAGAGAUGAAGAAGGGUUUGUUUGGUCUUAUGCAUUAUCUCAUGCCAAAGAAACAAGUGCUUUCCCUCCAUUCGGGCUGUAAUAUGGGAAAAGAUGGGGAUGUUGCUCUGUUCUUUGGACUAUCAGGGACAGGCAAAACCACUUUGUCCACCGAUCAUAACAGGUACCUGAUAGGAGAUGAUGAGCACUGCUGGAGUGAAAAUGGUGUCUCUAACAUUGAAGGAGGAUGCUAUGCAAAAUGCAUUGAUCUGUCAAGGGAAAAGGAGCCUGACAUUUGGAAUGCCAUCAAGUUUGGCACUGUGCUGGAAAAUGUUGUAUUUGAUGAACAUACCAGAGAAGUGGAUUAUACCGACAAAUCAGUGACAGAGAAUACGAGGGCGGCCUAUCCCAUCGAGUAUAUUCCCAAUGCAAAAAUCCCAUGUGUGGGCCCACAUCCUAGAAAUGUGAUUUUGCUAGCUUGUGAUGCAUUCGGUGUCCUACCUCCAGUUAGCAAACUCAGCCUUGCGCAGACAAUGUACCAUUUUAUCAGCGGAUACACAGCUCUGGUGGCAGGCACAGAGGAGGGAAUAAAGGAGCCACAAGCCACCUUCUCUGCAUGUUUUGGUGCAGCCUUCAUAAUGUUGCACCCCACGCGCUACGCUGCCAUGCUUGCCAAUAAAAUGGAGAAACACGGCACCACAGGUUGGCUUGUCAACACAGGCUGGUCUGGAGGCAGGUAUGGCAUAGGACAAAGAAUAAAACUGGCUUACACAAGGAAGAUCAUCGAUGCGAUUCACUCGGGUUCACUUCUGAAAGCCACUUUCACCAAAACCGGUGUAUUUGGCCUGGAAAUCCCAGAUGCAGUGGAGGGUGUUCCUUCUGAAAUUCUCAACCCUGAGAACACGUGGCUGGACAAAGAGGGAUACAGGGAUGCAUUACUGAAACUUGCCGGUCUAUUCAAAAACAAUUUUGCCACUUAUGCUAAUUAUAAAAUAGGCAAUGACACCAAGCUGGCUGAAGAGAUUCAGGCAGCAGGUCCUCAGAUCUAAUCUCUGUAAAUAGCGGAAUAUUAGAAUUCAAGUAGGCCAAGAAUUUAUUCAAUAGCAGAAACAUUGGGUAUAUAUCUAAUUUAUUGCAAGAUUAGGCAAAAUCCACAACUUGCAGAUUUACCAACCUCCAAAGUUAUGGGAGAUUGGUAUUUAAAUAACUGAGAAGUUGGUAUGGAUUAGCAAUGGCAACCAUAAUUAGAGUAAUUUAUAGAGUAAGCGAGGAAUCCUAGUGUAAUUGAAGCAAAAGAUCAUGGACAUCAAUCAUAAAUACUACUAUUUUAAUUUGCA